AUGUGUGACACCCUGUGUGUUCGUGUCUGCUUGUGUGCCCACCUGUGUGUGCGUGUAUGGGAGCAGAUAGUGAAGAACCGGCUGGCACAGGAGGACGCGCAGAGCAGGGGGUGGCUGCUGGACGGCUAUCCGCGCAGCCUGUCCCAGGCGCAGGCGCUGCUGGCCCUCGACAUCUCCCCCGACGUCUUCAUCCUCCUCGAUGUGCCCCACGAGAUCCUGGUGGAGCGGGUGGUGGGGCGGCGCCUGGACCCCGCCACUAACCGCAUCUACCACCUCUCCUUCUCGCCGCCCGAGACAGACGAGAUCGCCGCCCGCCUCACCCAGCGCAGUGACGACACCGAGGAGAAGGUGAAGGCGCGGCUGGAGACGCACAACGCCAACGUGGCCAGCGUGCUCGAUGUGUACGCCGGCAAGCUCGUGCAGGUGAACGGGCACCGCUCCAAGGAUGAGGUGUUUGGCGACAUUGACUCCAUUCUCACCCGCCUGCAACAAGGCCACCUCUCUUUUGACUAG